AUGUAUAGAGUGUUGGGUACCUCCUCAGCCAACUCAAUCGGUAUCCAGGCACGCCUGUUCUCAACUGGCGCCAACAAUGAUAACUAUAAGCCACCAUCAUGUGUCAAGGAGGAGACACCAGUGGCAAAGAACGGAAAGAGCAAUGGUACUGUAGAGACAAAGACUGACGAGGAGAUUAUAUCGAUGGUCGAUAAGGGAGAGAUCCAGCCACAUAACUUGGAGACACGUCUGCCAGGCAACUACACACGUGCCGUACACAUCCGUCGCAGACUGCUAGCCCGUGACUUGAACAAGGAGCACAAGCGCGCAUUGCACGCACAGGCUGUGGUGGCUGCCGCCGAGAAGGCUGCCGCCUCCGGCGAGGACCCCUCCAAUAUCCCCGCCGUGCCCGCACCAAACUCAUCCGAGGUGGACUUUGACCGCGCCCUCAACAACCUGCCACUGGACCACUACGACUACACCAAGGUGCUGGGCGCCUGCUGCGAGAACAUCAUUGGCUACAUCCCCAUCCCCGUCGGUGUCGCUGGUCCCCUGCUCCUGGACGGUAAGCUCGUCUCUAUCCCUAUGGCCACCACUGAGGGCUGUCUCGUGGCCAGCACACACCGUGGCUGCAAGGCCAUCACCAAGUCGGGCGGUGCCCGCUCGGUCAUUCUCCAGAACGGCAUGACCCGUGCACCAGUCUGCCGCUUCCCAUCGGUGACACGUGCCGCCGAGCUCAAGACCUGGAUCGAGACCCAGGAGAACUUCUAUCAGAUCGCCACCGCCUUCAACUCCACAUCGCGUUUCGCCCGUUUGAAGAGCAUCAAGAUCGUCAUGGCCGGCCGUCUGGUGUACCUGCGCUUCAAGUCCAGCACCGGAGACGCCAUGGGCAUGAACAUGGUCAGCAAGGGUGUGGAGAAGGCUCUCGAGGUGAUCCAGGAGUACUUCCCAGAGAUGGAGGUCCUGUCACUUUCGGGCAACCUCUGCACUGACAAGAAGCCAUCGGCCACCAACUGGUUGGACGGUCGUGGCAAGUCCGUCGUUUGCGAGGCCACCAUCAGUGGUGACAUUGUUCGCGACGUCCUCAAGACCACCGUGCAGUCCCUGUGCAGCCUCAACAUUGACAAGAACCUCAUCGGUUCGGCCAUGGCCGGCUCCAUUGGAGGCUUCAACGCACACGCCUCCAACAUUGUCACAGCAUUGUUCAUCGCCACCGGUCAGGACCCAGCCCAGAACGUCGAGUCCUCCAACUGUAUCACUCUGAUGGAGCCCUUCAACGAUGGCAAGGACCUCUACAUCUCUGUGACCAUGCCCUCGAUCGAGGUUGGCACUGUCGGCGGUGGCACGCACCUUCCCGCCCAGUCUGCCUGUCUGGACCUGCUCAAGAUCCGUGGCGCCAACGUCGAGCGUCCCGGCGCCAACUCUGAGCAGCUCGCCCGAGUAGUUGCCGGCGCUGUUAUGGCUGGUGAACUUUCCCUGAUGUCUGCGCUCGCCGCCGGACAUUUAGUUCGAAGUCACCUCCAGCACAACAGAAAGGCUGAACCAAAGCCCCAAGCCGACACUAUUUCAAUGAGCCACAACCUUCCACACUCUGACUAA